UUGGUGGUGGGUCCAUGGGACAGCGGUGCGGUGCAGCUUUGGCCGUGCCUCGGAAGCACGAUCCAGACACGCGACAACAACAACAACAAACUUUCCUGAAUGGCCGCUCCGUUACCACGGUAACGACCGCUAACAGGAAGCGACUCAAUCCAGGGGUACCCAAACACCGGAAAUGGGCAUUCUUUCAGACUGUCAAUCACUCAAAAAUAGUUUGGGACCCUAAAGCAAAACCUAAAGGUCUGCUGGGUGGGCAUUUAAAUAUAAGAAGCAUUAUGUCAAAAACAGAAGAAGUUAAUCAUUUGUUACUUAACUCAAAUUUGGAUUAUCUCUGUCUGUCUGAGACUUGGCUCUAUAACAAUGCCCCCUCUGCAGCACUUAACAUCCCUGGCUAUAAUAUGUUUAGGAGAGACAGAGAAGGAGCAAAGGGUGGCGGUGUCAUGAUAUACAUAAAAAACAAUAUUCAGUGUCAGGAAAUUCAAUGGCUGAAUGAUCAUGAUCUGGAAUGCUUAGGCUUAAAUAUUAUACUAUCACCACAAAUGUCUUUUACAAUUAUUGUCGUAUAUCGCCCCCCCUCUUCUGAGUCUAUUUUUUAUGAAAAGUUUGAAAAAUUACUGAAAGAAUUUCACCUAAAUAAAGAGAUCAUUAUCUUGGGGGAUAUCAAUAUAAAUUGGGAGGACAUAUCUUGUAGAAAAAAGCUUAAAAAAAAUAACUGACAAAUUUGAUCUAGUUCAAAUGAUCAAUGGGCCCACAAGAAUCACAGCAUCAAGCAGCACCCAGAUUGAUUUGGUAUUUACCAACCGACCUGAGAGAAUAUUUAAAUCAUACAACAUGUUAGCUGGUCUUUCUGAUCACAAUUUGAUCCUUGUGGCCAGGAAGCUCUCAAAAAAGAGAUUUGAUUAUUCUGUCAGAGAGCGUGAGUUUGUGGGAAUCCCAAAAAAACGUCAAGAUGGAUUUAAGAGAGCUGUCCAGCAGAUUAAACACAAACACAAUAAAAAUAUACUUCCCUGGAUGAACACGGACAUACUCAAACUAAUGAAAGAGAGAGAUUGUGCGUUAAAAAAUUCAAUGAAAUCUAGGUCAGCUAGUGCUAAAAUUCUAUUUACAACACUGAGGAAUAAGACCGUUAAAGCUAUACGCAAGGCCAAAGCAGAUUUCUUUUUGACUAUAAUAGAAAAUGCAAAAGGGGAUCCCAAAAUAAUAUGGAACCAACUGAAAAAACUUGUAGGACGGGACACAAAAAGGAAACAACUUUUGGAAAUUAAGAUAAACGGACAAAUUAUAAAUAAUACAAACAAAGUGGCAGAUGUCUUCAAUAAUUUUUUUAUUGAAUCUGUAUCCACUACUGUCCAAAGCUUACCAUCGAACAACCUAUAUAUUUGUCCGAUAAAUAACUUAGAGCCAAUAUUCAACUUGGGCACAGUCAUACAGACAAGUAUAGUCUUACAGACAAUAAAAACAUUAAAAGUUUCCAGAACUAGAGACAUAUUUGGCAUAGAUAUGUGUAUGCUGAAAGAACUUAGUUACACAUUAUUUACACCAGUCACCAAAAUUGUCAAUCUCUCCUUUACUGAGGCAGUAUUUCCAAGUGUGUGGAAGUCAGCUGCUGUUGUUCCAAUUCUCAAAAAUGGAGAUCCAUUGUCAGUGGACAAUUACAGACCAAUUAGCAUUAUAUCUACAGUGUCAAAAGUUGCAGAGAAACUAAUUUCACAACAAAUAAUAACACAUUUAAAUACUACUAAAUUUUCUCUUCAUCCAAUGCAAUUUGGUUUCAGAACUCAACACUCCACAGAAACUGCUAAUUGUUUUUUCAUUGAAAAUAUCAAGCAUUUACUGGAUAAAGGUGGUGUGGUUGGAGCUGUGUUUCUCGAUUUAAAAAAAGCUUUUGACACUAUAAACCAUAAAAUAUUAUUAACCAAAUUAGGCAAAUUUAAUUUCUCCUCUGAUGCAAUAAAAUGGAUAGAAUCAUAUCUAUCGAAUCGCUUACAGUCAGUUAGGAUCAGUGAUUACCAUUCACCACCCCUCGUCAUGACCACAGGGGUUCCUCAAGGUUCUAUUUUGGGGCCACUGUUAUUUUCACUUUAUAUAAACGAUCUCCCUUCAGUUUGUGCAGAUGUCUAUAUUCAGAUGUAUGCAGAUGACACAGUCAUUUAUACCCAUGGUAAAAACACGAAACAAGUAGCUGAAAAACUUACACAGUCAAUGGUCCAAGUUUCUGAAUGGCUAAAUCAAUCCUGCUUAAAACUUAAUGUAAAUAAAACGGUUUCAAUGUUUUUUUCUAAAUCAAACAUUGCAAAUAAUCAGGCAGAUAUUUAUGUGACAGGGGAAAAAAUAAAAAGUGUGUCAGAAUUCAAAUACUUAGGUAUCAUAAUUGACUCUAAACUAACUUUUAAAUCACAGAUAAAAAAGGUCUGCAAUCGAGUCAAAUUUAAUAUUGCAAAUUUUCGGUUUAUAAGAUCCAACCUGUCACUUCAGGCAGCUAAAAUGUUCAUGUAUAGCAUGGUUAUGCCUCACAUGACUUACUGUCUUACAACCUGGUCACAGGCAAAUAAAACAACAUUAAAAUCUUUGGAGUCACUUUACAAACAGACAAUUAAAAUUGUGGAUAAAAAAACAUUACGAUAUCAUCACUGUGCCAUUUUACAAAAGCAUAAGUUUUUAAGUUGGGAAAAUGUCAUUAAAUAUUCAAACCUUUGUCUGUUAUAUAAAAUCAUCCAUGGUCUGUCAUCUCUGCCACUUAGUCAGUUUGUAAACAUUAAAAAUACCACACAGCUUAUUCAGCGUCUCGACAUCCUUCCAGGGGCAGCCGCGCCCAACCCACCACCAGUCGCCGAUCCUCAGCCGUCGGCUUUGCCGUUGCCUCCUCAGGUCCAGCCCACACCUGGCGUUUUUGCUCCUAGGGAGCCACACCUCGUUCCCCCGGCUCGCUUCUCCGGAGAACCCGAACUUUGUCAGUCCUUCCUGGCACAAUGUAGCCUGAUUUUUAGUCUCCAACCAUCCUCUUUUUCCACUGAACAGGCCAAGGUGGCUUAUGUUAUCACCUUGCUCUCCGGACGAGCUUUGCGAUGGGCUACCGCCGAGUGGGAAAAUCAGUCCUUGCAUUGCUCUACCUUCACUGCCUUCCGUGAGGAACUACGCAAGGUUUUUGGUUCAGCCACCCCUCGCCAGGAUGCCGCACGCUCACUGCUUUCUUCAUCGCAGGUUGAGCGUUCAGUGGCUGAGUAUGCUGCAGAUUUCCGCACGGAUGCCACUGACAGUGGGUGGGAUUGCACCGCUCUAUAUGACACCUUUUUUCGGGGUCUCUCAGCCCAGGUGAAGGACGAGCUAGCUGCCCAUGAGCUUCCCCCCGGUCUGGAUGCCUUGAUCGCCCUGGCCAUUCGGAUUGACAGAAGAAUACGUGAACGUCGUUCUGAGCGUUUCACGCGCUAUCCGGACUGGGCCUCUGGCUCGUCACCAUACUCCCCCCGGACUACUCCUGCCUCGGCGGCCUCAUCCCCACCGCAGCCUAUGGAAAUCACACUCCCUUCCAAGCCCUUAGUCAAGAUCUGCAUCUGUUCCGGUGCUCAGGACUUUUUGCUGGUGGCCUUUGUGGACUCUGGGGCAGACGCGGAAUUCAUGGAUCUAGACCUUGCUCGUCAGCUGAGCCUGGAGGCGGAGCCAUUACCGGAGACUCUUCAGGUCCGGGCCCUGGAUGGGCACCCCCUAGAUAAGGCCACUUACCGUACUAAGCCCCUUCUGGUCACCAUCAGAGAGCGACACUGGGAGUGGCUCACCUUCUUGGUAAUUUCUUCUCCUCACGCCCCGGUCAUGCUCGGUUUCCCCUGGCUCCGCAAGCACAACCCCCGCCCAGACUGGUCCAGCGGUCGGGUUCUCGAUUGGGGAACCUAUUGCCAAUCUCACUGCCUCACUCCAUCUUCCCCCAGGCCGGUCUCAUGCUCUCCGGAGACUUCCUCCGACCUCAGUUCAGUUCCAUCUGUCUAUCAUGACCUCGGUACAGUGUUUAGCAAGACUCGAGCCUCUUCCUUGCCCCCGCAUCGGCCCUACGAUUGCGCCAUUGAUCUCCUGCCGGGAACUAUGCCACCCCGGCUUGGCCACUAUGGCCGGCUUUACCAUCUUUGA